AUGAGAGGAUUUGACUCUCUCACUUUUGUGCUUUUGGCAGCACUAAUGCCAAGAACUGCUGCCUGGACAACAUCCAAGCCUGAUGUUCGCUCGGUAUCCAAAACCAUGCCAGUGACUUCUUUCAAGACAAAGUCAUAUCCAAAAGUCACAGCCCAAGACCUGGAAGUAAGCGAGUCCAAGCGAGCAACGAUUUCACUUGAUAGGCAGUUCGAGGACGGUUUGGAAUCUCAAUUGCAAGAGAUCAAUCAAUUGAACUCGAGAGCAUCCGCCUUGUCAACUAUGACCAAGCCCGCUCCAAAGAGCAAAAACGAGGUCAUUUGUAAACGCCAAGACGAGCAACUCUCCAAGAUCUCUCACAGUGGCCAGGGAUUGUUUGUGCUUGGUAGAGACCUGGUGGGGUCUUCUGUGGCCUUUGUAAAGGAUGGGAUUCGUAGCAGGACCAUGAAGAUCCUGCCAGCGAAAGCAGACGCCACCACCAGUUACAGCUCCUCUGACUCGGCAAAACUCCCCGCCACCUCACUCUCCCGUACUCAUCGAAUUCUCCCAAUCUCUUCCCACUAUAAAGGUGAUGUCAAUCUUCCAGGAGAAUCCAUUUCUUCGCCCUCUUCCAACGACAAAGAAGCCCGCUCUGCAGAGGAGCCUCGUCCGACCGUCUCUCUUUCCCCUCAUGAAGCUUCGGAACAUUGGGGAUACACGGUUCCCGAGAAGCCUGCCCGUCCCAGUGGAGUGGACUAUACGAAUGGUCACCUACGCAUACUUCGCAUGAACACUGUGGAAUGGAUGGAAGAUUUCCGCUUUUAUUCCGCUUCAGCCACUGCAGAUGUUGUGGAGGGCCUUUCCACCGUGUAUGGCAGUGCAUUGGCUGCUGUAAUCCACUUUCAGGCUAGUGCUGCCGUUUAUGAGAAACCAUACAUGAAUCCAGCAUUGCACAUUCGGGCACCGCGAAACUUUCACUAUGCUACCAUUCAAACAUAUCCCUUUAUCAACAGGAAGGUGUGCAAGAUCCCAUGUGUCCGGCCUGUUCCUUCCAUUGAUCCCAAUGCAUUGUAUUUUGUGAACUUUCACUGA